AGUGAGGCCUGAGCAGCCCGGACGGGACUGAAGUCCCCGGGGCCCUCAAGGUCACCCCGGACGCCCCUCGCUGACUCUCCAGGAGCCUCUUAUCCCUUCUCUGCCCCCUCCGGCUCCCGGCCGAGUCUCAGCAUGGCGGACGAGAGCGGCAAUGCGGCUGGGGAACCCGCACCGGCCCCGAUGCGACGCCGCUCCUCCGCCAACUACAAGGCCUACGCCACCGAGCCGCACGCCAAGAAAAAGUCUAAGAUCUCCGCCUCGAGAAAACUGCAGCUGAAGACCCUGAUGCUGCAGAUCGCGAAGCAGGAGCUGGAGCGCGAGGCGGAGGAGCGGCGCGGGGAGAAGGGGCGCGCCCUGAGCACGCGGUGCCAGCCCCUGGAGCUGGCCGGGCUGAGCUUCGAGGAGCUGCAGGACUUGUGCCGGCAGCUCCACGCCCGCGUGGACAAAGUGGACGAGGAGAGAUACGAUGUGGAGGCGAAAGUCACCAAGAACAUCACGGAGAUCGCAGAUCUGACCCAGAAGAUCUUUGACCUCCGCGGCAAGUUCAAGCGGCCCACCCUGAAGCGGGUGCGCAUCUCGGCGGACGCCAUGAUGCAGGCGCUGCUGGGCACCCGGGCUAAGGAGUCCUUGGACCUGCGCGCCCACCUCAAGCAGGUGAAGAAGGAGGACACGGAGAAGGAAAACCGGGAGGUGGGAGACUGGCGCAAGAACAUCGACUUGCUGAGUGGCAUGGAGGGCCGCAAGAAGAAGUUCGAGGGCUGAGCCCCCACCCGCGGGCCGCCGCCCGGCCGCCCACAGCCCUGAGGAAUAAAGCCGUGUCUGAGCGGGGA